CGUCCUCAUACCAAAAUAUCUCCCUACACUCACCAAACUUAAAUAGCUUUUCAUUACACAAAACCAAUCAUUACACACACAAAAUCUCAAAAUAUCUCAAAAGCUGAACAAAAAAAAUGGCGGAACUUACAAGACCAAACAGAAGCGACACUCACCUCUCACCUGAAGAAGAAGCAACCAUAGAAGCAAAAACCAGACACCAUUUCGACGAAGCAGCACCAAAACGACACACAAAACCUCAACGCAGUGAAUAUGCAUCUCAAUACGUGGAUAAGAAUCUCUCAGAUCAUUCUGUUCCAGAAAUGCUACAGUUUCAACGACUCGAGAAUGAUCCCACCGAAAAGAAAUUAAUUUAUGAUGGAAAAGAAGUGGCUGAAGAAUUUGUGGAAACUGAGUAUUACAAAGAUCUUAACAGUGUAGACAAACAUCAUCACACGACAGGAAAAGGGUUUAUUCAGGUAGAAAAAAGUGACACAAGCUUCCAUAUAGAACCAGAUACUUAUGAAUUUCAUCACUCCAGUAAGGGAAACCCAGCAACCAAUGAAUGGGUUCCAGCUCCUUUUGCAGAGGAGGAUUCUCAUUCAGACAAGCCUAAUAGGAGUGACAAUUGAUAUGGAGAAAUGAAUGAUGUUUGUUUGCAUUGUAUCAGAAGGUGUUUUAAUUGAGCUUGUGGAGUUUAUUUUUAUAAGGAGGUUGUGGAGUUUUUUAAGAGGUAUUUAAGUUGUAAACCAAAAUGAAUAAGAACAAUGAAAAAAAUGUGAUUUGGGUUAAGGUUAUUGUGUUGGAAUAACCAUGUUGUAUCCUAUGAAGUAUGAAAUGCUAGAUUUCUGGAAAUGUGUCUCUAAUCUCAUGUAAUUUUUUCUUUAACAAAUUAGUAUUUUGUGAA